ACUCAAACUAAUGCACACAUAUUCAAACGCAUUCACACACACACUCGCAUUCAGAGGAACCAAACAGCUCUAUUAACACCCACACACAUAACUUUCUGCCAGUGGUACAGAAGAAAAUGGCUUACAGUCAUUGUUGGUUCAUAUUUUAUUUGUUAGGAUCUUGCCAGGAUGCUUUUGGUUUAUGAUUCCUCUCAUGACUUGGCUUAGGAGCAUCUGUAUUUCUCUGGCCAUACCAAGCUGUUUUGAAGAGAAAAAUGAGAGAGCAAAGGGAACAGAGUGAGCAAGAGGCAAUGUUUGUGUGAGAGAGAGAGAAGAAAAAUGAGAGCGCUGUAGGUUAACUCAUCAAUCAACUGAGAAACAAGUGUUCUCACAACCAAGAUGGCCACAUUUGACAACAGGACCAACAUAGCCAAUGUCAGUGCCUUUUACUGUAAAUUUCGAGAAGAUUUUAAAUAUAUUCUCCUUCCUGUCAGCUAUGCCCUGGUCUUUGUAAUUGGCCUGGCGUUGAAUGCCACAGCGUUGUAUGUGAUUGUGUUCCGCACUAAGCACUGGAAGCCCUCCACUAUCUACAUGUUCAACCUGACGAUGUGUGACACACUCUACAUCUUCACUCUGCCCUUCCUCAUCUAUUACUACGCAGAUGAGAACGACUGGCCCUUCAGUGAACCGUUCUGCAAGCUCAUACGCUUCCUGUUUUAUGCCAACUUAUAUGGUUCCAUUCUGUUCCUGUGCUGUAUCAGUCUGCAUCGGUUCAUUGGCAUCUGCUACCCAGUCCACUCCCUCUACUGGCUCAGCGCUCGUAGGGCAAGGCUGGUAUCUGUGGCAGUGUGGGCCUUUGUUCUAUUAUGCCAGGCACCUAUUCUCUACUUCUCAAGAACUAGGGAUGUGGACACGCGGGUCUGCUACGACACCACUAGCCCAGAGCUUUUUGAUGACUUCCUGGUGUACAGCUCAGUCGUGUCAGUUUUCAUGUUUGCCCUGCCCUUCAUGGUGGUGAUGGUGUGCAAUGGCCUCAUAGUGCGGAAGCUUCUAGAGCCUGGCUGGGGGUCUGAAGGGGGCACUGAGGGCGAGAGGGGGGGCCUGACAGCCCAGCGUUCCAAGCAGAGGUCAGUGAAGAUGAUCAUCAUUGUGCUGGCAGCGUUCAUGCUCUGCUUCCUCCCUUUCCACCUCACCAGGAGUCUUUACUACUCUUUUAGAUACCUAAGGCAGGCCAAUCCAGCACAGAUCAGCUGUCAUUUCCUGGAGGCCUGCAGUGUGGCCUACAAGGUGACCCGACCUUUGGCCAGCGCCAACAGCUGUCUGGACCCUAUCCUUUACUUCCUGGCUGGGCAGGAUGUCCGCAGUAACCUCACCAAGAAGAGCAAGUCGCCUUCAUCAAAACCAACAAGUGUGAGCCAGCAUUUGACAACACAACUCUGAUCCAAUAAAAAGUGCAAAAGGUUGUGGGGACAAGUACUGUACUUAUUGCCAGACUCCUCUGGUAGAUGGGACACCUCAUACCUGCUUUAAGAGUGCACUUUUCAAUCUUAAAUGCCCGCCAGUUCAGACUUCUGAGGGUUGAAAUCUGUGAAAUUAAAAACAAAUGUGAAAUUAAAACCAGGGAAACACUUUUAAAAGUCUUAGCAUAAUUCAUUUAAGGACUGAGUUUUACAAAGUACAGUCGAGCACACUGCAUUCAGAUUUCCGUUCACCAGUGGAAGUGCAUGUUCAGUUUUGACCAGAUGUAAAAAAAAAAAAAAAUCCGAUAUGGACAAUACAGUUAUCACUUGGUUACAUAUAAACAUCAAAAUCAUGUAGUGCAUUCCUGACUUAAGUCAUUAAAGACCUUUAAAGGCUUUCUAGAGAUCAUAUUUUUUGUUAUGUUUGAAAAGCUAUAAUGUAUGGACAGAACUAAACUGCAUAGUGCUCCACAGCUGUGGUUUUUGUUAAUGAUUCUACUGGACAACUGCUGCACCUGAUGUUUGUAUGUCUGUAUAGGCACAAGUGGGUUUUCCUCAGUUCUCCUUUUUCUGAGCCACAUUUCAGAAAAAGAGGGCACACACGUGUGUGUUCAGCCACUGUCCUGGAGUAGUCUGUGUGUGUGUGUAUGUGUGUGUGUGUGUGUGUCACUUUGUGUCACAAAAUGUGAAGGAACUGAAAAUUACGUUAUAAAAAACAUCUAUUAAUUUUGACAAAAUGCUUGUGGUAAUACAUUUUUAUCAUUUGUCUCAUGUACCAUACGGCAUACCAGAAAAGUUAGUCAUCACAUCAGCAUAUUGGUUAUGAGUUUGGAAAGUAUGAACUGUAAUUUUUGGGAAGAGUAACCUUAGUUGCAGUGUAGCUGAGCCACUUGGUAAUUUCAUUGGUAUUGGCAACACUUGAUUUAUGUAAUCAGUGGUCCUUUAAUCUAAAUCCUAAUCUAAACACAAGACCGCCACUAGAGGGUUGUACUGCCUAACAAACAAGACAGGCUAAGGCUGCUGGUGCUUUACUUUCCAUAGUUCACCAGAAAUUCUCUCACACCCAUACCUCACACAUUCACAGACAACAGCAAACAAACACUAAAAAGCCACAUUGCUGUAUGUCACAAGCAAGAACAACAAACAGGACAUCAUUUAAAAUACACCUCUUCUUUAUUUCAAAAGUAAAAACAUCAUACAGAAAAAUGUAAUAUUAUUAAUGCAAUCUACAAACUUGAUGAGAUGAAUGUUUUUUUAAUCCUUCCUUCCUACCAGCAACACUUCAGCUUUAAAACAUGUAAUAAUAAUCCUAAUGAUAGUAAGAAAUGAAAACAUGUAACUGCUGCAACCAAUAAAUAUCCAGUCCUCCAGACAUGUUGUCAUAUUCCUUGUAACAACAUAAUAAGAAAAUAUGAAAAUGAGUAGCUAAAAAACCUCUAUGAUUAUAGUACACUCUUUAAAAGCCACGAGGAUGUAAGCUGAAGCCAGCUGAGCUGCAUGACUUUGAGGCAUCUCAACCACUAAUCCUCUGCAGCCACUGGUUGGUUUAUUUAAUUAAACAAUAAAAAGUGGUCUCUUACAGUUAUGCAGAUUGAAUAACUGGAGUCUGGCUAUGUGUACUGUAUGUGUGUGUGUAUGUGUGUAGGACAUUAGGUUUAAAAGGUUCAUGAUGAGAAUGGAAAACCGUAACAGUUUGUUUUGCAAAAGAAAAGGAAAACACUGAAAUGUUGCACUCAAAUGGUGAAAAAAAUCACAUCAUGUUGAUUUUAACCAGCACUUCAGCUUGAAUGCAUAUUGGUGUGACAGAAUUUACCAGUUUUUGAUUGAUGGAUUACAGAUGUCACUCAUUGGUGCAGUGUCUUUCACCUCAUACAUACUGGUUGCUAAAAAUGAUAAAAGCCAGGUAUGGUCUGUUUCUCUAUACCCACCCAUAUUUACAUAUGUACAUUCAUUUAAAUGUUCUGUUCUACAAAAGUGAUAUCUACCCAUCUACUUUUUCACCCCAGGACCCAAAUGACAAUUGCAGCCUCUAACUGCCUUUGGGAUGCAGUGUUGUAAAAACAAAAAACAAAACAAAUGCUGUGAUACAGUACUGGGACCCACUCUUAAAAACACAUUUUGGCCCCUUAUCACCUACUUGGACAAACUCUAAGAGCUUUAAAGUUACAGAUGUUAUUAAUGCUGACUGGCAAUGUACUAGGCGUACAUUGCUGAAUGAAUGUUUCUCAAACUCUCAGAGGUUCUAGUGAACUCAGCGAGUGAGAUGAGCGUCUUCUGUUAAGACUACAUUCAACAUCUUCAAGGUCUAAAACCUCAACUCACCGAUAAAGAGCAGCUAGAUCACUAAACUUACAAAAAAUAUUUAAAACAUCAAAAUGUUAUUGAAUUUUAUAACAUUUGUUUCCUUAUAAUACUUACUGUAGUGCUAUUGUAGUCUUUAAUCAAGUGUCACAAGACCCAAAAUCAUAUAGGUUUUUAUUUCAGCCAAGCCAGAUUUGCUCAGUCUGUUGGUAAUGAAAACCUUCAUCGAUCACAUGGCACUUGAUUGCAGACAACUUGGCUUGAUGUUUUCCUCUUUUUUUAAUGUACACACUUGAAUGAGUUUGUCUCAGUGUUUGAGUUUUGUCAGUAAUGUAUUCCACAGUGUUUUGUCCUCUUCAUUGUACACAAGUAAUGUAGAUGUGUCUGUCUACAUGUAUUGUAUGUGUCCACCUAUGUGUGUUUUAACCCUGUGUCUAUUUUCUUUUAACAUGGAAGCACAAAUACAUGGGCUAAGAGUGCAUUUAGUUAUGAUCCAAACUUCUCUUCUUUGUUUUCUCCCACUCAUUCUUUUUUCUAGUGUCAGGUUGAUUAUCACAAAGCUAUACUCUCCACUCUGCCCCUUUGUGUGUAUCUCUUUGGAUUGGGACAGUGAAGUAGCUGUGACUUGAGUUGUACUUCUAUGAUGGUACAUCUGAUGCAUCUGUGAAGUACAAUAUUUUUUUUAUCUAACAAUAAAUACAGUUUUAUUCCUCUUA